AUGGACCCAAUAAAUUAUAUCUUUGAAAAACCUUCUCUUACUGGAAGGAUUUCCAGGUGGCAAAUGAUUUUAACUAAGUAUGACAUUCAAUACACUAUGCAAAAGGAAAUUAAAGGUAGUGUUGUUGUUGACUAUCUGGCCCACCAGCCCAUGGAAGAUGAUUAUCAACCGAUGAAGUUUGAUUUCCCUGAUGAGGACAUUUUCUUUAUCCAAGAUCAUGUGAUUCCUAGACCAGAGGAGGGAUCCGAGCCAGGAUCGCAAUGGACGCUUAUGUUCAAUGGUUCCUCUAAUGCUCUUGGGAAUGGCGUGGGAUGUGUCAUUGCUUCCACAACAGGCUUUCAUGUUUCUUUCAUAGCUAGAAUCUGUUUUGAUUGUACCAACAAUAUGGCUGAGUAUGAAGCUUGCAUUUAUGGUAUUGAAGCUGCGAUUGACAUGAGAAUCAAGAUCCUCGAGGUGUAUGGGGACUCAACUUUGGUCAUUAAUCAAGUUAAUGGCAAUUGGGAAACUCAGAAUGAGAAUUUGAUCCCUUACAAGGAGCACGUCUUGAAACUGAUUCCUUAUUUUGAUCAAAUCACUUUUGAGCACAUCCCAUGA